ACACACACACACACACACACACACACCAUGCACCUGCUCUCCCUCGCCCUCACCCUCGCCCUCGCCCUCGCCCUGGUUCUCACCACCGCCGUCGCCACUCCCGACUCCACUCUCUCCAGCCCCGCGCCCGGCCCACUCGGCCGGCAUGUGGACCCGUUCAUCGGAACAGGCGGGACCGGAUUCGGUAUCGGGUCGACGCCGCCGGGAGCACAGGCCCCGUUUGGUCUCGUCCGGGCAUCGCCGGAUACGACAGGCCUGAUCUACGAGAUCUUCAACCACUUUGGUGGCUACUACUACCACGAUGACGUCGACGGCAAGAUCCGCGCCUUCUCCCACCUGCACAUGCAGGGCGCAGGCGCACCUGAUCUCGGCGUCAUCGGCGUCAUGCUCGCCCGCAAACCACCGCAUCAGAGCUGCACCACCAAGUUUGACGGAUGCUGGGCAUCGCGCUUCUCCCACUCUAGGGAGUCGGCCUUUCCCGGCUACUACGCGGUAGAGUUGGAGAGCUGCAAGGCCAACGUCGAGCUCACCGCUCGCCCCACCGCCGCCUUUCAUCGCUACACCCUCGAUGACCACGAGACAUACCUCUACCUUGCAGCCUCGCACGUGGUCAAGGACAAGUCGUGCGCCAACGCGAGCGUAGUCGUUGCUUCCCCCGACGGUACGUCGGGCGCUGUGGCGCUCUCGGGCCACAUCCAUGUCAUGGGCUCGCUCUCGGAACGCUUUGGUGGCGUCUACGCCCACUUUUCCGGACUUCUCACCGCUCCGCCUGGGUGUGUAAUCGAGGUCGGGACCUGGGGCACUAACGGCGAGCCGGCUGCCGGACCCGGCACCACAGCCGGGCCUGGCGCCGGAGGCUGGAUCAAGCUCGCGGGCGCUUCCGCCUGCGCCGGCAAGCUCGAGCUCGCGCUCGGCAUCUCGAUCAUCUCGGCCGAGCAGGCCGCGGCCAACCUUGCGCACGAGCAGGCGACCGCAUCCGACUUUGACGCUGCGCUGGCGGCGUCGAUCGCCGACUGGGAGGCGGUCCUGGGCAACGCGGCGGUGGUCGACGACGGCGGCGCCGUGCCCGAGCUGGCUACCAAGUACUACACCGCGCUCUACCACGCCCACUCGGCGCCGACAAACUAUCUCGAGGCCGGUCGGGUGUAUCUCGGCUUUGACAGCAAGGUCCACCGCCUCGACGAUGCGCACAACGCGUACGCGUCCGAUGGCUCGCUGUGGGACGUCUUUCGCUCGCAGAUGGGCCUGCUCUCGAUCCUGCAGCCGGCGUACCUCGGCGACUUUGUGCACUCGCUCGAUCUGAUGCGGGCGCAGGGCGGGUACGUUCCGCGCUGGCCUCUGGCCAACGGCUACACCGGUUGCAUGAUCGGGACCCAUGCCGACCUUAUUGUGGCCGAGGCCUGGGCCAAAGGCAUCCGCAACUACAACCUGACCUCGCUCUACGCCGCCUUUCGCGCCUCGGCCAUGGAGUCGCAGCGCGAGGCCGGGCGCUCCGACGUCGCCGACUACGUCCGCCUCGGCUACGUGUGCUCGGACAAGAGCUCGCGAUCGGUAUCGAGGACGCUCGCCUACGCCGCCGACGACUGGGCCAUUGCUAACAUGGCGGUGGCGCUGGGCAAGACCGACGACGCGGCUUACUUUGCCGCCCGCGCGCAGGCCGCUCCGCGAAAGCUGUGGAACAGCGGCCGCGGCAUCAUGUGCGGUCGGACUUGCGCCGGCGCCUGGGGCACGCUCUUCACCGAGGGCAACGCCUGGCAGUGGUCGUACUUUGUCCCGCAGAACACGACUGCGCUCGCAGAGCUCAUGGGCGGACCGGCCGCCUUCCUCCACGCUGUCGGCAAGUUCCUCGACCGCUCGUUCGACGACCCGUCGACCUUCCUCCCCAACCCGUUCUACUGGGCCGGCAACGAACCCGACCUACUCGUCCCGUGGCAGCCGGCGCUUGUGCCCGGCGGGCGGGCGCUGACCGAGCGGAUCACUCGCAAGCUGCUCGACAAGGUCUACACUACCGAGCCCGGUGGCAUCCCGGGCAACGACGACUACGGAGAGCUCUCGUCGUGGGCCGCUUUUGCGUCGUGGGGCUUCUACCCGCUCGGCGGAUCUGAUGAGUACAUCCUCGGCUCGCCAGUCUUUGCCAAGGUCUUUCUCGCCCCGCUCAACUGCACCGUCGUCCGCCAUGCGGCCUCGCCGGCCGACUACGCCGUCGAGCGCGUGGUUCUCAACGGGAUGCCCCACACUCCGCCGACCAUCAACCACGCCCAGCUGCGCAACGCAGUCAUCGAGUUCUUCCUCGCGCCCGCUCGCCACUAG